AUGGCGGCCGUACUUGCGGGAAGAUUCUGCAGGGUUUUACCUCAGGCACUGAGCUGGUAUUCUCGAAGAGCAGUGUUAUGCAACCCCAGUUUUGAAAGUAAACGUUUUAUUCAUAUUGCAAGGCAACUUCUGGCAGGUAACGUCGCUUAGGAUUCUUCUAUUUUGACUUUGGAUUUUCGUUUCAUUCGAUUCCACGUUGCGUAAAAUUACUCAAUUGAGUUUACACUCCAUCGGUUUCAUGUAGACCAUUGUUUUAACAUAUUAUGUUCCAAACCUCUUUUUACCUCUUCUUUAUUUAGCUAUUAUCUGAGCUUAAGUCUUACUUCCAUGAUCUAGCAAGUCUGUGCGCUUUACUGAAUUGAAUUCGAAUUGAAUAACCUUUUCGCCUAGCCCAAUUAAAAACAUCUUCUGAUAUAAAUCGACGUCAAAAAUAUAUUUAGUCUGGCUUACACCAUAUUAAGGCACACAAGCCCGGAAAUGAUGCAAACGAUUAAUGGAAGAGUUGUUGUACUUGAUUAUUAUAUUCCGUUGGUACACUUAAAAAAAACCGCAGAAAUUGUCGCAUAUCCUAGCUUGUUGUACAAUAUACAGUCCACUACCUGCACCCCCCUUGGCGCGUUUUUAAUAAUUUCUACAAAUUUUGCCCGAGCAGUGAUGGUUUUCAUGAAGAUAUUUUUGGAACAAGAUGUUUCUUACCUUCCCUAUGAACAUGCCUUCGCUUAUGUCUAUGUUACUAGUCAAAAUUAAAUUCAGAUAAAAAUUUUUUAACCUACUGUAUGUUGAUUCUCAAUUUCCUUUUGUCUCCUAGCCCCAAUUCUGGGACAAAGAAAAUUAGUAAUCAACCUUGGUUAAAAAAUUUUAACCUGGAUGUAAGUUUGAUCGGUUAUGAGUUGUAAAGUUACAAGGGUGGAAAGCUUCAUAGAAUCCCUAAACAAAUAAAAAGACAUAGACAUAUAAAAUACCUAGUUUAUUUAUCCACUUGUUAAAAUGCUCUUAUAAAAAAAAGGUCAAUAAGUUGUGUUUUCUGUUGUCCCUUUAUAUGAGCAGUAAAUGACAGUAAAGCUGGAUAUAGUAGUUUUAAAACUGGCAUUACUGAAAGAAAAGUGUGUUGGUGUGGCUGUGGGUUGGGGUUGUAGAAGUCAGUAUUCUUGCAAAGAAGGCGAUUAUGUUCACUGUUAAACUGCAUAGUUGCCUGUAAAGUCGUGUGUUAUUUUUGCAUAAUAAUAAGAAUAAAAAUAAUAAUAAAGUAAAUGACAGUACACGAUAUAUUAGUUGGUUGUGCUGCUGCAGUUCAUGGUGACUUGUCCUUUUGCUGUCUCUCUUUGGUCAUGCUGAUUAUGUAAAGUUAAAUGUACAUAUGAUUCAGAGUGAAUUUUUUAUAGGGAGUAUGGUAAAACCAAAUUAAUCAUUACUAUGAAUUUCAAUAAUCAGAAAACUGAGAACAGUAAAAGUAAUGUUAUUCUUUUACAAUGAAAAAGCUAAUGAAGCAUGAGAAAACUAAACUAAAGCGAAAAUGGUAAUUUCUCUAUGGUUUUGUAGUUUGCUUGCAAGUUCUGAAUUUAUUUUAUUACUCACAACAUAGUCGUAAUUCCUGAAAUAUUUCAAAUAUUCACAGUUUCCUUAGUUUGACAGUUUAUAAAAGUCAGACUGUCCAGAAUGAGGUAGGCCUAAGUGCAAUAUUGCUGCCUCAAUCACUCUCCUUUAAUCCCCUCCUCUGUUUAACGAAGCAAUUUUAAUUAUUGUUUAAAAGUGUGCGCUUGUUCUAAAAUUUUAGAAAGGAAAUACUCCAAAGAGCAUGAAUGGAUUACCAUGGAUGGUGACAUUGGAACAAUAGGUAUAACAGACUAUGCACAGGUGGGUAUAAAGAAAGUAUUAUUUAUUAUAGCAACCUUGUAACAGGGUUCAGAUUCUGGGGGAGGUGGGAAGGGGACUUAUAACAGAGUUCAGACGCUAGGGGAUGUGGGAAGGAGCCUUAUAACAGGGUUCAGACCCAUGGGGCAGAAGGGAUGUUUGACCCAAGCUUGGGCAUAGGGGUGCUUCUUACGUUUUGUACCCCAACAGGUUAAUAAGGACAUUAGGAGGAACAUUAUCUUAUAAUAACCUUCUACAGGACAACAAUCCCUGUUUUAGAAUCUUGUGUAGCAUAAAACACAUAUAGUCACUAUCUGUUGUUUCUUAACUAAAGAAAAAUAAAAUGUGACCCUAUUUGUGAAAACCAGGCCUAAUGGAAAUAACGUUGAGCCAGUUUUCAUUCACAACACAUUCUGAAACAUUGGAAUGCAUUUCAAUGCAUUCCCAAUGCAUUUUAAAGCAUUGGCAAUGUUAUCUAAUGGAACCUAAAAAUGUUGAAAACCAUUUAAAAAUCUUUCGGAAGCAUUCGGGAAUUGUUUUCAAAUGUUUGCAAAAUGUUUCAGUAUAACGCCAUUUCUUUGCAUCGUUAGUCACAUUGUCACAUUUUGAAAAUAUAAAACUUAAAGCAAGCUCUCAGUGAUGAACUUUGCUUCUUCUUAAUAGAAUUUUAGUUAUAAGAAUUAGAAAGGUGGACUUACACUUUGGUGGGCUUAAAAGUGGUAUUAGAAAGAAUGUUGAAACAUGCCAUGAGUUGUUACAAGAAACAUUUAGGGAAAAAUACUGAAAAAUAACAUAACGGAAAACUUGAGCUGUGACUGAAGAAAAGACUAAAUAAGAACUGUGGCCUUACCUGUAGUGGAUUAUUACUGUCAUAUAAUAACCACAUGCACAGGGGUAAUGACUACCUAGUAUCCAGAAAAAAGACAGAUAUAACUGCUGUCUUAAGAAGGGGAUUUUUAACAAGUUGGUCUUGUAAGCUAAGUAGAAUUUUUUCUUUUCUUUGAUAUUGUAUCGUUAUGGGCUGAUAAGUGGGUACGAGGUGACUUGCCUUUUUAUUUCAGCCCAUCAGGAAAAAAGGUUUAUGGGCAGAAUUUUGUGUUGGGCAGCUCUUGAAAUUAUUUUAAAAAUUUUAAUUGUGCUUUCAAUUUUUAUUUAGAAUGAGUAUUGGAGGUAAAAAAAGAAGAGGGAACAAAAUUAAUAUGCAUGUACUUGUUACAUAGGGAUUCUAAAGGGCAUGGAAUUUUUAGUGUGUCACUGAUGUUUCCUUUUCUUUAAAGAAUCAAUUAGGUGAUGUUGUAUAUGUUGAUCUUCCUGAAGAAGGACAAACAUUUAAUGAAGGAGGUACGAUAAGAAGAUAAAUAUUAACUAGGAUGUAAGCUGUCAAACAGUCAAUCUUUAUGUAACACCCCUGUAUUUAGAGAUCACCCAUAUAAUACGGGCACCGGACAAUUUUGUGAAAAUUUUGCCUUUUAUUUUCUGUAAAGUUGACAUGUAGAAAGCAGUCACGUGUAUAUAACAGACGCAGUGACCCUUGUGACUUCCCAAAUGCACAUUUUCUUUUUUUUGACUUGUAUAUAACCAUCACCAAAUUGGAUUAAGAUCAAACAAUGAAAGCGAAUCAUAACAAACUUAAUUCAAAAGCUCAAUACAUUGUUGCUACCAGGGAAGGAGUAUCAAUCAAAUACAAAUACAUGUACAUUACACAACUUCAAAUAAAUGUCAUCCUUGGCAUCAGACAUGUGUUUUCCACAGACCUUGAUAGAGUAGAAGUGAAAGUGCUGAUCUUAUCGAACAACUGUAGUAUCUGUCCUCUACCAUCCGCAUUCGCUUUAUGUUUUACUAGACUGUGUUUGGCUUUGGAAUCUCUAAAUAGAGUGAAUAUUUUCCCAUAAAAGCAUUAUUCAUUAACUUCCAAGAGAGUUCAAAGGAGACCCCUAUAUACCAGUCACCUUGUAUAUACAGUCACCUGCACAUGUCCCGAGGGUGACUAUACAGGUAUAUACAGGUUUGACUUAGACUGCUUGCAGUCAACCUUUUCUCUUAAAAUCUGUCUAGUUCUUACCUCAUCCAGCGCGAUUGCAAACCACGACGUUAUUAUUAUAGUAAGGGAUUGAGGAUUGAGACCAGGCGAGAAAAGACAGACUGCUGACUCUUUUGUAGUAAACAAACCCUCGGUCAGCCCAGAAACAAAGUAACCGAUUGGCCAAUUGCACAGCUGUUGACAGAUAAUUGACUGGUCUGUGGUGAGAUUGCAAGCAAUAAAAAUAGUCACGCGUCACAACCAACUGCAAACAAUAUCGAACCAAGCAGUAAUCCCAGUAAUAAAACUUUUAAGGAUAUCUUACAGGAGGAAACUGUUGUCAAUUUCAUAGAGGGAAACGAAUUCAAGGCAAUCUUACUGGAUUUAAAGAAAGUGUAAUUUUUUCAGUUGUUUAUGGUCUAUUUAUAAAUCGUUUCAAGUCACUCGGAUUUAAUUGAUUAAUUAAAUUACCUUGACAGCUUCGUUGUCCCCAGACAAAACAAAAGAGUCAGCAAGUCUCUUAUUUUUUCUUCUCGGGUUUACGCCCUCGUUUCUCGCGGCUCCCGGCUUUGCCGCUCGCGUGCUUAGGUUUUGCGUGCAGUAACUUUGCAAAGAAAAAUAAGAGACUGCUCGCAGUCUAGGUUUGACUGCACACUGUAUCUUGAGCGUCCCGUUAAGGUGCACCUCUAAAACCAGAAAAUGUUAAGGCACAAGGAUAGGUACAAGCAAACAGAGCUGUUAACUGAGGGAGAUGAUGGUUGCUUCUUCAAAGAAGAGGGCUAAUUUAUUGUUAGAGCGUGGAUGAUUUCAGCUGUUGAUUGGCAACAGCAAAAAUAAUGGAAGUUACUUUAUAUGUGGUAAAAAUACAUUUGCAGAUUCCUUUGGUGCUGUUGAAAGUGUCAAAGCUGUUUCAGAAGUUUACAGUCCACUCACAGGAGAAGUGACCAAAAUUAACAGCAAAUUAAAAGAGAACCCAGAACUAGUAAAUGAGUCUCCUUAUGAAAAAGGUGUGUAUUUAUGUUAUCAAACUUCUGUUAAGUUAAGGUGUUUCAGCUGCUGAUUUCACAAAGCUAAUGUCAAUAAUAAAAAUAAUGAUAAUAAUGAUAAUGAUAAUGAUAGUAAUAAUAGUAAUAAAUAACAAUAAUAAUAAUAAUAAUAAUAAUAAUGAUAAGGAUUUUGCAAUCAAGACAACCCACAAGAGGAAAAUAAAAACAAAGACUGUUCUGGAUGGGGUUGGUGCUCUUAACAUCAUUAAAAACUUAGGGACAAGAUCAAUACACUGAAAGGAUUCCAGGCUUAGUAGUAAUACCCUUGGGAUUCAAACAAUAACAUCGUAAUCUUCUGGGAACAGCUCAUAAAUUAUUCUGAGGAACAUUAUUCAAUUAGGUUAUUUCUCUAAGUACUAAAGGACCAUAAUUGUGCCCCUGGACUAAAGAGAGACAAGCAAAAAUUUAGGAAACCACCCCACCCCCCCCUACACCCCUAAAAUCCCCGAAUAAGCUAAAAGGUUCUAAUAAUAAAGUAAAUCAGUAAUAAUGUAAUUUGUCUUUUCAGGUUGGUUAAUAAAACUCAAAGUCAGCAGUGAGCCCUCUGAGCCUCUCAUGUCAGAAGAAGAGUACGAGAAAUAUGUUAAGGAAUGUGAAGAAGAAUGAAAACAAAGAGAAAAUUAGAGCAUUAUAAUUUGCAAUUAACUAUUUAAUUUCAUUCUAUACUUAAGUGAGUGAUUUUCAUGUGGCCUCUAAAAGUUAUGGUUUCCUUUAGUGUGUGCUAUCCAGUAGUAGGCAGUAGCUUCAUGGAAAGGUAGCCUGCGCCACAGACAAAACUAACCUCUGGUUAAGUUAGUCUGCAAGCCAGUGCUGAAAUCCUUGUUCUAGCUCCCCAGUUGUGUACUAGGAUUUGAGUACAUGUCAUUAUUGGCCUGUUAAAAAGUCAUUGUUUGAUUGGCCAAUCAGGUUAAAUGGAAAUUUGAAAUACACAUCUUUGCAGUAUUUGUUGAGUCCAUUGGGGUUCAGAACAUGGAUCUCACCUCUGUUUCGCAGGUGUUAUUUGCUGGGGUUAGAUUUUGCUGUGACGCUGGUUAUAAAAGGCAGCCAUCAAUCACUUAUAGCUUUUUCUUUUUCUUUUCUUUGUUUUUAUAAAUGAUAAAUGUUAAAUUAAUGAUGAGCUGUUUAUCGGUGUGGACGUUUCUUUUUUUAUGUUGUUAUAAACAUGUUCACUGGUAAUCAUCAUUUCAAGAUCAUAUGAAAAUCACUCUGUUAUUAUUCUGCUCACGGUACACAAAAAAAAUAAACAAGCAACUCUGUGUGAUAAAAAAAGGGAAUUGUCAAAUUUUAUGGUGGGGUGACUGAUACUUGGAAAAAAGAAUUUUGAAAUUAUGCAGAGUUCUUGCACGUAAUCAGCAUGUGCUGUUAUCUUUGAAUAAUAAUGUAUUGUUAACUAGGGUUUUAUACUGUAAUUGAAGUGUAUUAAAGAUGCAUUCGACUUAAGGACAUAAGACAUGCUAUCAUAAAAGUAUGUCAUUCCUAUUUAUCAUGUCGUCUCCUUCACAGCUGUUCUUUGAGCUGUCACACAAUGCUCCUCGCCACACUUAAAAAGGCUGCAUAGGAGAUUACAAUCAGGUUGACAGAUCUCAAAAAGGAAAGGAGGAGAGAAGAGAUAUUCCAUUUCC